ACGCCCCGUACCGGUAGCCUUGGGAAUUAUAUAUUCGACUACUUAUUUUCUAUAUAUCCCACCUCUGAGCUAACAACUGGGUCUUUUCGAUUCUAUAAUUAUCAAUACCAUCCACCUCCCUCGCCUACUUCAACACAAUGGCCAUGCUUGGGUCCCUAAACUUUCCGCUUUUCGCUCAAUUGCCAAAUGAGUUACGACUACUUGUGUGGGGGCAGUAUGCUCUUCCAAGAGUGCCCAUAUAUUACGCCCGCUUCUUAUCGUACCCGCCACUCCGUGUCGAGUCUUUUCAGUCUAACUCCAUGGUUCGACGCCUCAUGCAGGUGAAUAGAGAAGCAAGAUCUGCGGUCUUGGGUAAUCGGCAGCUUUAUAUUUUUACAAAUGGCCGGCCUUAUGUCAUUUCACACCAACUUGCGCCGUUUUGUGAAAAUUCCCCUACCACGAAUGAGGACGAGUAUGGAUAUAAUUGGACCCGGCAGAGAUAUAUGUUUGUGGACUUCAAGAAGGAUAUAUUUUGUUUUGAAACCAUACGCUUGAUAGAGACCCGCGAACUGAGGCUUCCUGAUUGGCUUAUUUUCGAAGGGCAUAUCAAGAAUAUGACCUUUGAUCUCUCCGACGCCAUUUACACGCUGAAACAACUAUCAGUACCAUGGGGCGUAUUGCGCUAUUUGGAGUCUGCUUCUAAAGUUCUUAAUAGGUUCAUUUACCCAUAUCUUCGACUAAGCCUAAAGUCCUUCCGCCGCUUACAGUUCAUCAUCCACCCCGAGGAUCUCCUGGAACUUUACUGUCAGGACUUUUACGGAGGCUGAAGCACUGGAGGUACCAAUGUACCGCAGCUUAUGGAUCUCUACAUGGUAACGAAACCCAUUACGGCUCGAGAACGCUGAAAAUUGGCGUCGUAACAUUUUGUUGUACGAGAUGAGCCGAUUUACUAGGGAGGUAUCGUCAAAGAUUUCCGAAUUGUGUGAGCGAGACGUCUGUGUCGAUGUCAUCAUAAAGAGCCGCCG